UCCAUGAUUUUGGAAGGUUGAAGCUUUUCAUUCCCCAAUCAAAACAGAUUAAAUUCAGGAUUUCAGGGUUAAAUUCAGCACGAGCUGAUUUGAGAACAGUGUGGACAAAAUGAAGGAAAUGUACGUGUGUUUCAUCGUCGUCUUUUUCGGCUCGCGGCUCAUAAUGGUGUCAGACUCUAUCGCUGUAAACUGUACUGAGACUGUAAUAAUUGGGAAAUACGGUUCCUCUGUGGUUCUUCCAUGUUGGCUCUCCCCUGAGAUUGAUGCAGAGACUUUGGAGAUUCGUUGGUACCGCCCAGGUCAGUUCACAACUCCAUUAUUGUUUUACCAGAACCGUAAAGUCAAUACAGACUAUCAGGAGAUGUACAGGAAUCGGAGCUCGUUGACCCUGAGAAACCCUCAGUCUGCUGGACUGAAACAGGGAGAUGUCUCCUUGAGAUUGGACAACCUUGGCUUCUCAGAUAUUGGGAUUUUUCACUGCUAUGUGAGUGGAGACAAAUCAUAUGAUGACAACACUGUGGAACUCAGUUUAACUGCUCUAGGCUCUCUGCCUCUCCUUUCUCUGGAGCACCAUCAAGAUUCUGUGAACCUCAGCUGUUCUUCCUGUGGCUGGUUUCCUCGACCGAGUCUCUUGUGGAAAUCUACCAAAGAAAAAGGAGAUACUCUUUCUGAUCCUAGACCCCCCAUUUACAGUGAACAAGGAAAUGGCCUGUAUUGCAUUUACAGCUGGAUCAUCCUGUCAUCUUCUGUCUCUAACUCAAUAACCUGUUCUGUGACUCUGUCAGAAGAUGAGAAAAGAAAUGUGAGCCUGGAUUUAGGGGCCCGCCUAUCAGUUAACAGUAGUGGAGUGUGGAAGAUUCUUUUCAUUCUGGUGUUUUGUGUACUGGUACUGAUCAGCAUUGGCUUCAUUCUCUACACAAAAUAUAAAUCAGCAUACAUGAGAGUUCCUAAAGAUGAACAACCAAAAGAUCAGUCUGCGACGAACAUGGAGGACUUGAAGAACGAUGCAGAUCAGUCUGCGACGAACAUGGAGGACUUGAAGAACGAUGCAGUGGUCAUCAUGUUAGAUAAGGACAACUGUAAGAAAGACGACCUGAUAUUUAACAUGGAAGGUGAUCUUGUGAGAGAUCGAGAUGAAGCUUCUAACAAGUAUAAAGGACAUGGUUUUCCUUAUAACUUAUGUGUACAUGGAAAAGAAACAUUCUCUUCUGGUCGGGCAUAUUGGGAAGUUGGAUUAAAAAAAGAAAAUGUUGAACCCAAAAAGUCAUGGCUGAUUGGAGUCGCCAAAACUUCAUCUAUCAUUCGUGACAAAAUGAGUGAUUUUGAUUUUACGCCUUCAAAUGGUUUUUGGUUUUUGCGCUCAGACCCAGAAAAUGGCCUCCAUGUUAACACUGAACCAGAACUCUCACUUCUGGUAGACACUGCACCAGAACGUGUUGGAGUUUUGUUAGAUUAUGACAACAGCAAGCUUUCAUUUUACAUUGGUACAGACAAAGUGCAUCUCUUGACAAUGAAAAUCAAUUUCAAAGAUGCUGUUGUGCCUCUGUUUAAUCCAGGAAUAGGUGAUAAGUCUCCACUUCAAAUAAUUAAACCACAGGUCAAAAAUGAGCCUUGAGAGACAGCUCGUGUUCAAGCCAAAUAUGCAAAUCAGAACGUACAAAUUGAACGUAAUACAAAUACAAGAAUUUUGUUUGUAAGAAGUUUGGAAAAAUGUUUUUAUCCUACAAGGGUUCCUGAGUUUAUGUAAAUGUGUGUGUACACAGUGGUGCUUGAAAAUUUGUG